GUUACACAAAGUAUAUCAUUGGAGAUUGGCAGAAUAUACUGUGCACGUCUUUCUAGGGAAUUUAGGCCUUUAAAGCCAUAUUUAAAAAAAAACAAAACAACUAUAUUGAUAUAUGAAUGAUAAGUUGAUGAUAUGUGCUUGCAUAUAAAGUGUAUAAAUUAAACGAGGUUAAUAGUAUAAACAUUACGAACAGUGUGUGAUGACGUGAUACUUUAUCGAAUAAAAUACACUGUACAUAACUUGAACAUAGCAUUAAGUAUUGUUUAUUUACAAUUCUGCCUAAUAUAAUAAGAUGGAUAUUUUACGCCAUUUUGAAAAUUUUCCUUGGUGUAGGCCGGACUGGAGUUAUCCCAGUAUGAGUAAAGAAACGAAUGAAUUACUAAGACAGUGUGUUGACUUGCCACAAGUUGAAUUAAGUGAUGACAUUGAAGAGAUUAUCAAAAAGAGUAAAGCUUUCCCCAUUCCAUUUCCCAUAAACACAGUGAGGUUAGUUGAGCUAAAAAAGCGCAAAUCACUAGAUAAGUUAAAAAGGAACAUUGUUUCAACAUACCCCUUAAUACAUGAGAGAGUACUGCUACUGAUGACUCAUUUCCUCAUUUAUAAAAGGCAGUUUGGGUCUAAUAUUGAAAAAGCUCUUUACAAAGAUAUGACUGUGCCAGAUUUCAUUGAAAGGAUAUUAAACAAUAGAGCAAUAUCAUUCUUAGGAUCGCGCGACAGAUACCAACUUAUCACCGGAGCAACCGGUUCAGGGGGAUGGGAGUCUGUAGGUACAUUACAACAAAAGCCUCCCCUACUACUGGAGAAUUGUUUGAGUUAUGAUGAGAUGAAGCUGUCUGCUAUGUUGUAUGUGAGCGGGUUCACUUACUGUAUCAAUGAUGGUAAGAGAAAGAACUCGGGAGUCGUGGACGAGGACGGAGUGGAAGAGGAGGCGGUUAUCAUUGGGCUCAUUGGACCUCGUUUCCAACGUCGCUGUCGGAUGGACAACGAGGACAUUCUGAUAACGGAAGAGCAGAAUUGUAUUGAGAACGGUUAUGGCGAGGAAGUCACCCCAACAGCCAGCAACUCAGCGAAGUAUAUGUGGCGGAAGAUGUGGUCAGAGUUUUAUCAAGCUAACCGUUAUACAUACGGCGAACUAUUAUCGCGAGUAAAAAUACAAAAUAAAAGUAAAAAGUACAUGGAGAGAUAUGUAAAGAAACCGAAAAGCGAAGACAUAUUUGACAAUGAGGUGUAUUACAAACGGAUAUGCAUUUUAGCCGAAACCACUCUUAUGGAGGCCGAGUAUAGAGCGAGUGAAUGUGGAAAGAACGCAUUCAUUAAUAUUAUUGGAUGCGGUUUGGGUGUGUGGAAGACAUCCCCACAUCAACCGGAUGUGUAUAUACUUACAUUCUUAGAGAGGAUCCGGGCUUUCCUUAAGAAGGAUCUAUUAAACCACGUCACAGACGUUAACUUCGGUUACAUAAAAGCCAGUCCAAGUAUAAAAGCACUCUUCACAAAUUCUAAGAAGAAUAAUUCGUCAGGCGAAAAGUUUAUAUCCUUUGAGAGUGAACGGCAUCCGAGUGGUGGUAUAAAAAUACAAUUGGAGAACAGAGAGCCUUCCUCCAAGUUGUCAGGCGAACACGCGGGCAAGUUACUAGUGAUGACUUACCCCUGGGACGGAAACGCGCAUCCAGGAAACGAAUUCUGGUUGAAGAAGCUGGGAUCAUCGGGUGACCCAGCGGCCGCGUGUUCAACACAAGUAUCUGAACUACACAACGCUUACAUUAACCCGGCGGUCGCCGGUCACAACCUGAGGGUGGCCGGUCGCAGGGGAAUCAAACCACUCGCGGAAUACUGUCUCGCUCUAACAUCCGAAUAACUCGUGUGUGACAAUUUUUAUAUUACGUGACAUAAUAUAGUUGUAUAAUUAUUUUCAUCUGAAUUAUAGAUUUAUUGCACAAUAAAAUACGCCACAAAUAAAUAAAUUUACAUAAAAUAUAAUUACGAUGUGAAAUAUUUUACGUAACUAUGGGAUUAUAUAUGUGUAUUAUAUUAAA